AAGCAGGAAUUAUUCGUCAUGGAAACGAUUCCGCAGAAGAAGAAGAGAAAAGAACGCAAACGGUCCAAGCCACAUAAAAAUGGCAGAGAAGCUUUCUUUUUCGUUCUAAAGUCUCUUAAAGGGCCUUUUAAGGGCAAAAAGUUUGAAAUUCCAGACUGGAAGCCUGUAGUGUUCAAGAGAAGUGAAACGAGUUUGACUCCAAGUUUUCACCGAAGGCUGGGUGAAAUAUGUUUACCAGACCCUGACGUUUCACGUUUGCACGCCAAAAUAUCGUUUAAAGGUGGGAGGUUUGAGAUUUUAGACUUGGGAAGCCUAAAUGGAACUUUUUUGAACGACAAGCGGCUAUCUCCAGAACGUGUACCUUUAGAUGAGCCAGUUGUCUUGGGUAACGGUGAUAAGCUUAUUAUUGGUCAAACUCUUUUUGAAGUGUCCAUUUACAAGAGGUUUGCAACGAUUUCAGAAGAGGUCGAAUAUGAACAAGGACAGGACUGGAAGGAUGUCGCAGUAAGAAAGAGAGAUGUUUUGAAAGAAGAAAGAGCAGGUACCGUCCCAAAGAGACAUAUUCGUGUUGCAGAUCUCCCGGUCAGUCAACAGGAAGCAUUGAAGCGGCGUUUAGCCAUCGAAGAAGAGGAGGAUAAUAUUGCAGUUUCAAAGGAGAGAAAUGUAUUCGUAGAUGGACUAUUACCAAACAAAGAAACCGUUAGUCGAACUAUUCUAAGUGUGUUGGCAUACAACAGAAGACUUGACGAUAUACAAAGUGCUCAAGAUGGACAUACAGAUUCUAGUUGUGAGGAGGAGGAUAGCUCAUCAAGUCAUUCAGAAGGAAGCUCGUCAUCUGAAAAGAAUUCUUCUGAGAGUGAGGAAGAAGACAACUGGACCAGUAUUCGAAAGACUGCUGGGAAGCAGUUGAAUACAUACAUAGAAUCUUCUGAACCGUAUAUCUGUCGUGGGCAGAUAAGUAGGCUUCAAUUGAAGAGAAAGAACUUUGGAGAUUUAUAUUCGAGUGAAAAUGUGGUGAGUGAUGAAGCAAAGUGUAUAGAAUCGAACGAUAAAUAUGAUACAGCAACUUGAAAGAUGCAACUCUGUAAAAAUACAGAAUGUACCGUCUUUUGGACCACAAGUGUAUUUUAACUCAUUAAGAUUUUGAUGAGAACGUUGAUUUGCAUCGAUCAUUAUUGACUAGUUUAUUCUUCAUAUUUUGAAACUUGCAACGAAUGAUGACUCCUCAAAGUAUUGUCUUUUCAUACGAUGGACUCAAGUCACCUUUUUUAAUGCAAUCUUGGUGAACCAACUCUGCAAUAACUGCUUAUGUGGUGAAGGUUUUUCAUUUAUUUGAGUGCAGUUCUAUUACAAUACGAAAAUAGACUAUAGCUUGUAACGGAAUGAAUUGUCGUAGUUUGAGAAAGUUGUCAGUAUUUCUUAAAAUUGUAUAUUUACGGUUUCGGACUCUAAAUCUUUGCUAUCAAUUUUUGUUUCGAUUUUAUUUAUUAACUGCUUACGUAAAACAAAAUAUUGCCAUAAGUUCAAUGAUUGUUAUUUCGUAUUUUGCUUCGUGCUAAGAAGGAAACCAGGAAUACUGCGAUGCAAAGAUAGUUUCUAUAAAUAGUGUAGAAUACAAAUUAUUCUUUUGAUAGCUUGUUUUGUAGUUUAUUUUGAUAAAUACUUUAAGAGAUUC